CAGUGGUCGAAAUUGGGUUGGAGUCGGCGGUAUCGAUCCAAUAUUACACUUCUGUCGGUUCUCGGCGCUAUGACCUCAGAAUCAACUUCAUUAACAUAACCUAUUUCUGACAGAAAACAGCUGAUCGAUCCGGUGUUAACCAGAGAUAUUGCAAAACCUCAUUGUUAAGACACCUCCGCAUUUCUGAGUCAUGCUCUUCGAGAAAGUCGAAUACCGGCGUGGACCGUGGUCCGGCACAUAUCAUUAAUUCGAAGCAAGAGUAUUGAGAACAUUUCAAGGAGAAACUCCAUCGUAAUUGGAGAGGCGAUAAUGAUAUACUUUAAAAGAACUUUUUUGUAAGAUGUGUAAAAGGACUCCUAUACAUAGAAAACGAAAGCUUGCAGACAGGUCAAACAAAUAAAACAAUUAGGAAUCAACAAAUAAUAAAAUUGUGAAUACACAGAUAUACAUAUAUUUUCACACAUUGAUCUCAUUGUGACAGCAUACAAUACCCAGACGCCAAAAUGACGACUGGGCCUACAGAAUUCGAGAAGAAACGCAUACGCCACGCUUCAGGCGAGUCUACGACAUCAAACGAUAGCAUCAGUAACUAUAUCCCUACCCCGCCGGAUGGAGGGUGGGGAUGGGUGAUCGUUGUAGCAUCCAUGUUAAAUAACUGUAUAGUGGAUGGGAUUGCCUUUACAUUUGGCGUAUUCUACAUGGAGUUCGUCGUAUACUUUGGUGCCAGCAAAGGGAAGACUGCUAUGGCCGGGUCUCUGCUUUGCGGGAUGUACCUCUGCGCAGGUCCAAUAGUGAGUGCCCUGGCCAAUAGAUUUGGAUGCAGACCAGUGACUGUAUUUGGGGGUUUGCUGGCAUCUCUAGGGUUCUUUCUAUGUUCCUUCUGCGACGACAUUAACCUGUUCAUCUUCACGUAUGGCGUCCUUGGAGGUGUUGGAUUCGGGUUCAUUUAUCUUCCAUCUUGCGUUGCUGUUAGUUACUACUUUGAGAAAAAGAGGGCACUGGCAACUGGACUUGCCGUAUGCGGAUCUGGAAUUGGGACCUUUCUAUUUGCCCCGUUCGGACGAUACCUUUUGGACACUCUUGACUGGAAAAACGCAAUGAUGAUCAUUUCCGGAAUCACACUCAACGCAUGCGUAUUAGGUAUGCUAUUUAGGCCCCUUGAACCAGCGAAGAAAAUUCAUCGACCACGGGAGAAAAACAUUAUCGACAGGCUGAUUGAAAACUCGAAGAUUAUGAAGAGAAAUCGAAGCGAAUCGGAAUGCAGUGCCAACAUAAACUCUAUCAAGUAUCAAACAGCUAUCAUGGAGAAGGUUCGAGAAGCAAAGCUUACGAGAGAAAAAAUAAUACGAGACGAGGAAUCUGAAUCUGAAAUGAGCUCCAUGCCAAGUCUUUACUUUCAUUCCUUACGUGGCGUAAAUAGCUUAGGCAAAGAUGGAACUCCUAUUAACAGUCGACAGAAUAGCAUCCAAUACAGUAGACAGAACAGUAAAGGCGAUUCAAAAUUGGGCACUUCUAAAAGUCCGCCAAUUAUGACUCCUAGUAUAACGAUUAACAGCGCGCCACCAAGAAUCACCGUGGGGGAUUCUGACAUGGAAAUGUCACCAUCAACGGACAGUUAUAUCCCAUCGGGAGUGGCUGUUGAUGGAAAACAAGGAAACGAUUCGGUGAAGGAUGGGCUUGACAAAAUUCCGGAUGACGUUCUGGAUGAUACAACUUAUAUCGAGGGACCAGUUGAAAUACCUACAAAAGAAAAUGACACAAACGGAACAGUACCAAAGAAUGGUCAUGUUCCAAACGGAAAUGGUGUAACAAGUGAAACUGCCCCAAUGUUGAUCAACGGGUCAGCUAAGAAAAAUGGACAUCUAAAUCAUCUCAAAACUGAACACACCUAUUGUGCAAGUGCAGGCCAACUUUUGGUAAAACCAAACAAACCCAGAAAACCUAAAACACGUGUCGAGCAAAUACAAAAACAAGACUAUGCCAAGCCUUUGUAUAGAAAGGACAUCUUCCUCAGUGGAAGUGUGUUAAAUAUUCCCCAGUUCCGAUCUCAACCCAAUGUAAAAAGCUACGUCACCAGUAUCACUACGAUUCCUGAUUCCGUUGCCCCGGAGAAGGAAUCUAAAUGUUGGUCAUGCGUGCCCAAAUCCGCAAAGGACACCCUGCAGAUGAUGCUUGAUAUAAGCAUCCUCAAGGAUCCUAAGUUCUUGAUCAUCUGUCUAGGAAAUGUCCUUCUCUUCAUCGGGUUCUACAUUCCCUUCGUCUAUAUCAGUGACUUCGCUAUUGAGAAUAAUGUCUCCACGACAGAAGCUGCUUGGCUUAUUUCCGUCAUAGGAAUCGCUAAUACUCUUGGCAGAGUAUUUAUGGGCUGGGUUGCUGACUUCCCGAAGGUAGAUCCACUACUUCUGCACAACAUAGCGCUGUUGAUAAGCGGUAUAGCCACGAUGUUAGCGCCGUUCUGUACGACUUAUGUACCACUUAUGAUAUUUGCUGGUGUAUUUGGGUUAUGUGUGGCGACGUUUAUCUCACUGACUUCAAUCGUCCUGUGCAACAUAUUAGGCUUGGAGAAGUUGACUAAUGCAUUUGGCAUGUUGACCCUAUUCAGAGGAAUCUCAUCAAUUGUGGGCCCUCCAAUAGCUGGUUCAAUCUAUGAUUCAACUGGGGGCUACACAGUAUCGUUCCUGCUAGGUGGAGGUAUGUUGCUCCUGUCUGGGAUAAUGCACUUGACCUUACACCUCCCUUGUCUCAAACCGCCAGCACCUCCUAAAAUGGAUGAGGUAGUACCAAGCCCAGAAUCUGAUGAUGAAGAUGUUGAAAUGUUACCAACUAAAGACAACAUUGUGUAGAUAUCUCAGGAAGGGACGAGUUAGAGUACCAGUCCUGGUUUGUUAAACACUAUAAUGCCACUGUCAGUGGGAAUAAGGGCAUCGGGGAGCAAGAACAUUGAUCAAUUUUGUCAAUUAAAAGUCAAUGGGAAAUCGAAAUGUUGGUAAAUGCAGAAAUAAGCAGGUUGACGAGCAUAUACACAGAAUAGAGACCUACAAAACUCAAUUGAUAGCCCGUGGGAACUCAUUUGAGAAGGACAAUAUCAAAUGAGAAUAUCAAUCAGAAAUAAGACUGAUAGAUAAAAUAUACAAAGGACCAUGAACUAACCUAGCCUGAUAUUCAUGAAAUACAGAAAGGUUAUGGUUUAUAGCCUUGAAGCAUUGUGGACGAGUUUAAGAAGGGUGGACAAUGCAGGAGGGUGAAAGGGAAUGUUAAUACAUCAACACGUCAAAUUCACCCUGAAAUAUGUGCUGUCGAUUUAUUUUA